CGUUCCGGGCCUCACAUACAGUGCGCAACUGCGCAUGCCCAGUAACAAACAGCAAGCAUGGAGGACGUGAGCCGCUGAAGAUUUUACUAUAAAAUCACCCUGGAAUACCAAAUAAAAGAAACAUGAUACGCAGAUCGAGAAUCAGUGUUCGGCCCAAUGUAAAGCCCACAGGCCGAGCUCAGACAGCCUCUCGAGAUGCGUCUGUAGAUAAUGUUCAGCCUCCCCAGGCUUCUGCUGACUCCGCUCCAUCUGAGGGGUCAGAGGUCACGGUUGAUAAGUUGAAGACUGACCCACCUAUAGCAGCUUUGGAGUGGACCAAUGAGGAAGCAUCUCAGAGCAGCUGCCCGAGUGACCAGUUGGAGGCCACUAAACAUGGAGAGGAUGCAGCAUCUAAAAGUUCUGAUGCCCAGGAUUCAGCAAGCACCUCUGCGACUUCUGGCUCUCAGAGGAGGAAACGCUUCACAGCUCUGCCCAACCUGGCCAAACCACAAGCCUCUCCAGCCUCUUCCAGGACUCCUAAAUCCCCAUCCAAGUCCCCUGUAAAACCAGUAACACCCAGUGAGCCUGAAACCUCAACCCCCACUGAAGAGUCUUCCCUUCAGAUACCUGCGCCUGUCCAUAACCCCAGGCUUCCUGGAAGAUGGAGACCUUCUGGAGGAGGCAGACAGGCCAAAGUUCAGCCCAUCCCUGCAGCCCCACUGCAGAAUGACCAAGAGAUGCAAAAGGAUGGGGGAUUGGAGGAUACUCUUGUGCCAUUGACCAUUCAGCAAGGGGAGUCCCAACAUCCACUUAUAACUUCCCAACCUGAUACCGUUUUGGACAGUGAAAACCCUCCGGCUCGUUCUGCUGUGGAAGACUUGGUUGUACAACAGGAGAGUGAUUCUGGGCCGUCUCCGGGCCAGAGCCAAAUGGAUCUGUUAAGAGAAAGACUUCAUAAACUUAAGACGCCAUCGAAGAUAAUCAAAUCCUUGAAAUCUCUGAACGACCCAGCAGACAUGGUCAGGUUAGCUCAGGGACGGAAACUUCGGGAGCUUCUUAAAAAAGAAAUGAACAAACGAAAGGAAGACAAGAAGAAACCCAAGAUGGGAAUCAAAGAAUGCAAAGCACCCAAAGACCACACUAAAAUGACCAUGAGAGAGCUGAUCUAUUACCUGCCUGUUUCCAACCCAAUGAAGUCUUUCACAGAAGAGGAGCAGAAAGCAUCAGAGACAGUAUUAGAUGACUCUCCUACACCAACGCCUUCUAAGACUCCAGCUGCUCCAUCAGUUCAGGAGACAGUUGUAGAAGAUGUUGGUAAUGAAGAAGAUGAGGAAAGAAUGCAAGAAACCCAGCCGGAGGAGGAAGAGCCUCUUCUAGUGCCCAGGGUGAAGGUGGCAGAGGAUGGCUCUCUGAUUAUAGACGAGGAGAGUUUAACAGUCCAGGUGUCAAGGGCAAAAGGACCCAAUCCGGCAGAAGACAGAGAUCCUAUAUUUGAACGUGGCUCUACCACCACCUACUCCAGCUUUAGGAAGGGCACCUACACCAAACCCUGGUCCAAUGGAGAGACUGAAAUGUUUUACUUGGCCAUCAGCAUGGUGGGGACAGACUUCUCCAUGAUUGGUCAGCUGUUUCCACACCGAGCUCGAAUAGAGAUUAAGAACAAGUUCAAGAAAGAGGAGAGAAAUAACUCAUGGAGAAUAGAUAAAGCUUUUAAGGAGAAGCAGCGUUUGGAUCUAGAUUUCUUCAAAAAAUUAAUGGAGCAGAUCCUAAAAAACGAGGAAAAUAAGAAAAACAAAAACAAAGAGCUCAUCAAGUUGGCUAAAGCGCAGAGGAGAGUCCAAAGGAAAGUGAGAGCAGCUAAAAGAAAGGAAAUGGACUCUUCAUCGGAUUCAGACAGUGAUGUGGUGGCUGGAGAAAAGGAGAAUGAGGACCUCUCAAAUGAUGGAGGAAGUGAUACCACUCCAAAGAAGCGCAGAGGAAGAGGGACGAAUACUCCAGACAGGAGAAUCAAGAGGACGAAUGGAGAGGCUGAAAUAGAUGAACCGGAGGACUGUGAAAAUCUUACUUCUGAUGGCCAGUCACAAGAUGACAGUAGAUACAAGAGUUCUGCUGUUAAACCAGCUCAGCUCAAAGGUCGACUGCAGAGACCGAUCCCAGACCUCAGCCGCAGAUGGGGGAACAGGUGCCCUGUGCCUAAAGGCAAAGAGAACGGGACCUCAGCCGGGGAGGAGAGUAAGAUGGACAAGUACCCCAAGGUGCCUUCAGCCUCUGUAAAAGAGAAGAAGCAGUCUGCAGUUCUCCUUGAACUGGAAGAUUUAGAGGAAGAAGAACCUGACCUGUGUGCUGUACAAGAACAGAUAUUCAAUAAACCAACCAGGUCAGGAAGGAUCCCUAAGCUCUCUCAGCAUGUAAUACAGGCAGCGGCAGAGGAAGAGGAAGAUGAGGAAGAGCUCUCUGAUCUUCCUGUGUUUUCCAAAGUUCGUGGUCAGGACAUUAAGGCACCUGGCCGGAGAGCUAAAUUAAAACCAGGUCCCAGAUUGAAACAGGGCAUGCCUAGGAGGGGGAAAUCUAGACUGGUGACCUUACUGGCCUCUGGAACUGAAGAUGGUGAUGAGGAGGAGGAAGUAGAAGAAUCUGUCCUGAGCCAGGAAGACUUUCCUUCAAAUCCUGAAGAGGAAAACCAGGCGUUUGUGCCAAUGAGUUUACGCCAUCUACCUCCUGUUAAUUCAGAGGUGGUAGAAACCAUGGAAGAGCUGGACAUUUCUGUGAAUGUGCCUGAUAUCCUGGGCACAUCCCAGAAUGCUUUGUGCCCCGAGUUGUCAUGUGAUCAGGGCACGGUGCCUGUUGGCCAGUUGGACCUGCUUGUUGAUGUCAUAGAGUUUCUUGACCCGGACCACAUGGAGGUAUGUAAAGAGAUCAACAAUGAAGCGGCCCAGACUCUUCUGACCAUCGGGAACUCAGCUCAGAUGAUCCAGACAUCAGAAAUGCCCUGUACAAGUGGAAAUGAGAUUGUUGUACAUGAAGAGGUCGUCCAUGAGGAAGUUAUCACAGAAACAGCCGUCAUGUCUGGUUCUUCGGUAAGCUGCGAUUCAGAGACAAAAGGUGACGUUGAAUUUUCGAGCUGUGAAACUCAUAUUCCAGAACCUUCUGCUGAAGAAACCUCCACCCCGAAAGAAGAACCAAUCAAAUCACAGACAACCGAUGCUCAUCCUGCUCCCAUUCAACAUGAGACACAGUUUCCACCAAGCAAAAGAGGUCGAUCCUCCAAACCCAAACCUAAUAUUGGUCAAGGUUUGAGAACCAGACGAGCUCCACAGCAACAAAUCUCUCCAGAACUUGUCACAGGUUCUUUGGGGACCUCUAAGGGUCCGUCUUCCACAGAACAGGAUAAAAAUGCAAUGCAAGAAGGCGGUGUUCCUGUGGAUCACCUGCCAGACUCCUCUACCAUCGGCCCUGAGGUACUACAGCCGGAUAUAUCAUCUGAAAGAAGAGAAGACAGUCCCAAAGUCAUUCCUGAAAGAGUGACUAAAGAAGAUAAUGGAUCGGUCUUAUCUUUGAAGAGAAAGAAUGAUGAUAUAAUCACAGAGGAAAAUAUAAAAGAACAAGAAGGGGCGAGAUCAGAACCACAGCUGACUAAAAGUGUGAACGAAUCUCAGAGCACAUCAGUUGAGCCCUCUAAACCUGUCAGGAGGUACCGCGAACUCAAACCUCAACCAAACCUGAUUCAGACAUCCAGACGCGCACAGACACAAAGCGGCACGACAUCAACCACAGCAUUAUUAAAUGAGAAGCCAUCUGCUGCUCAGCCUUCCAUGACCACUUUCAGUAAAAGUCCUGAAGAGGGUGCUGUAGUUACCACAGAACUUGAUGUAUCCAAAAGUGCAGCUCAACAAGGAGCAUCUAGCAUUGAAUCAGCAGAGACAGUCAAAGAUGUCACCCUGCCAGUUGUUUCUGAAAACGAGUCCAGACAGAAAACUGUGGUCAUGCUGGAUGAGAACAAUAGAACUAAUCCUGAGGAAGUUUGUGAAGGCAGCACUGUGGAACAUCCUGGAUGUGAAUCAGAAGACACAUCUGCUGAGCCCACGCCUGAGGAACCUGUGUUUAUACCGUCUCUCAUAGAAAUCCCACCCACUUUAGAUGAGGGGGUGGGGUUUCGGACAGAGCUCCUCCCACCUGUGGCAGCAUCUGAGUCGCAUUCUCAUGGUCAAAGUGCUAGUGAGAGCAGGGGGGUAUCUCACCUUCUGAUCACAGACGCUUUAAUUUCUGUGUCCGAGGAUGAGGAAAAGAAAAGUGAACAGGGAGACGUGGGCAAAUCUAGGACAGGAGAAUUGAAACGCAAGACACCAGCCUCCACAUCUCAGGGGAAUACCAAAGAUGAGAGUCAUCAUGUGGAAGGAUUGGAAAGCCUUGUGGUAGAGGGGACUGAUGAUGAGAAGGAACAUAUGGAAAAGAAAAGAAAAAUACCUGAGAGUACCAGGAGAGCAAAGUUGCAAGUUAAACCCAUCCCUGUUUCACGGAGAAACGCUCGAGGUGGUGAUGCUAAAGAGGACUCAGCAGCUCUCUCUUUUAAACAGACUACCUCAUUACCCGUUUCAACACGAGAGACGAGAUCAGUGCCAGAGCAAACUGUACCCGCUGUCAUUUCAUCAACGGAUGACUCCAUAUCAACCACCAUCUCUGACAGAGAAGCAACUACAGACCUUUCUGCGACUAGCGAUAAUACUCGUUCACCUGUCUCUGAAGAUUCUGUCCAGGAGGGUUCCUCCCAAGGCAUCAUGGGAAAAGUGGACCUCUCAGGCAAAAAGACAGUUGAGUUGGCUAGUAGAUCAGACUUGCAAAGUGUCAGUCAAAUCACGCCUAUUGCCACAAGUGGGCCGCUUACAAGACCUGGCAGAAGACUCAAAGGGUUCCUGUCCUUCAUUUCAUCGAAGAAUACACAAGGACCCCCAGCAGCUCAUCGAGGGGCCAAACCAGGCCCCCAAAAACCAGCAGUCAACACCGCACGUCCUGAGAGAAAGCGGAUAGCAGCCGGACCUGUUACCACUGCAACCAACCCUGGAGUAAAGCGACCCUCACAGACCCCUGCUUUCACCACUGCAUCUGUCAUUGAGCAGAACUCAGAUGAAGAACCCACAAGUGUCUCCAAGUACUUCUUCAGUGACAUCUUUACUGAAGUUGAUGAAUUAGAAGACAUGGAUUAAGGCCAAAGGUUGGAAUAACAAACCAGUCACAACUAACUAAAUAGUCAGAAAUAUAGUUUGACAAGUCGGGUGUAUAGACGUGUGAAUAUUUGAAGUUUUUCCCAGGACACUUUUACCAAGAGGAACCACAACUGAAGAGAUGCAGCGAAAACGUACCUCAGUAACAGCUGACAUGAUGUAUUUUAUGUUAUUAUAAUUUUAUUUAAGGAUAAAUAAGUAUUAAUUUAGUUAUGUUUUUGAUACUGUUGCACUCUUUUGUUACGUAAAGUUGUAUUAUAAUUCAUUUUUUUGUUGGUCUCGACCUGCAUUUU